GUACCUUUACCCCCUGGACCCUGGGCUACCGACACCACCACCACCACCGGCAUCAUAACCACGAGCAUCAGCAGCCACCGCCGCAAACCUGUGUGCAGCGAUUACAACGUUGGCUCGAGCGUUGCCAUGCGUUCCGUCAGUACGUACCCCGACAUACCUGGCUCGAACGGUCUCGCCUCGUCCUGCUUUACCCCCUCUGAACGAAGCCAUAGCACACACGGCCACAUGGGCUGUCAACUGCUGUCCAUGUUCUUUGUCCUGGCGUGUGCCUGGGUUAGCUAUCCUUUUCUAUCCGUAUCUGCAAGGUACUCAAGAAAUGAAAAAGGAUAUUAGCACAGAAGAUCGAUCAUCCUUUCCAACGUCUCACACUACACUUCUAUGUCCGAAGUACCUACGUACGGAUGCUCUUCUGCUCAUUACUUGCUUCUUCUCUUUCGCAGAUUCAAUGUCCUCUUUUCCCCACUCUCUGCCGCCUCCACACCCCUCCAAGCUCUCUUCAAUACCAUCAAUAUCAGGUCAAUCUUACACUUCCUCCACUCUCUCCCGCUGCCUGUCUUCAUCCUGGUUUGGUCUCUACCCUUUCUAGUGUCUACCUUGACUUGGAGAGACCAUACUCCGUACCCCCCGGGUGUUGGUCUGUCUCCUCCCCCUCCAUCUACAUGCUCGCCUAGGUAUCCGUACCCUCCAUUCAUCCAUCCCAUCUCAUCCUUGUACGAAUUCAUCCCAUCCCAUCCCAUCCAUCCCAUCCAUCCCUAUCCAUCCCUAUCCACCAGUCAGUCUUCUUUUCCUCCUUCCUGGCUCCCGGUUACAUUGUACAUAAUCUGCCAUCUGCUACCGGCUCCGACAUUCGAGACAACGUUCACCCCUCCCUGUCCACUCCCACCUGAACCAUCCCUCCUUCGCAUCCCCAAUCAAAUUUGGUACUCUGCACGCUACAUACUGGCCGUCACGGCUAACUUGCCAAAGUCAUUAGGGAAGAGACACAGAGAGGGAGAGCCUGCAGGCGCAAUGAAGCCCUUUUGAUUUUCACCGUAAAUUAUUCUUGCAUCUUAUUUCUCCGUCCCCUCUCUAUUCCUGCUAGCUUUCUCUCACUUUUUUGGCCUUGGCCACGCCCGCCGCAGUCCCGUCCCGUGUCCGCAUCUUCCUUCACUCAGCCUUUACUUUCACUGGACUGUGGCCCCAACUGACUCUUGUCUCCCCCACUGUCUUAUUACGUUGUGGCUUCAUACGUGCCUGUUUUAAUCUCAUCCAGGAACCCUCAGACCCAGCGCUACUAUCGCCAUCGCUACCGCCAACCAAUAUUAUCAUCUCCUCCCUGGCCAGUGUACUGACUGCUUCAAGUUACUGGUCUUAUGGUUUUUGCUGCCCACGGCUGAUAAUGCUGCCGGUUGAUGUUUUUUUCUCUUUUCCUUUCUCUCUCUCUCUCUUACUCACACACACAC